AUGGGCUAUCCACAACAACAGUAUUUCCCACCACCGCAGGGGUCUUCUCAACCACACAGACCACAAUACCCACAGCAGCAAUCCAUUCCGCAACAGAAUGCGCUACCGAUUCCACCACAAAAGUCCACCCUCGAAGAAACGUUGCAAGCCUUUAUGGAGAUGAGUAAACAAAGUAUGGAGUCCCAAGCUUCUACGAUCAAAAGGCUCGAGACAACGGUUGGACAACUUUCCGGUGCCUUGAAUCAAAUCCAACAACAACAGCAACCCGGGAAGUUUCAUGGUCAACCUGCUCAGACGUAUCAAGCUCUUGCUGUAACUGUUCUUCGCAGUGGUAAGAUGGUGGAUAACAAAGUGAAAGUUCCUAAUUUGACCAGCGCAGAGCAGCCGCACUCUGCUUUCACCAGCGCAGAGCAGCCGAGCUCUAUCGUGACCAGAGCAGAGAAGCCAAGCUUUGCCCUCACCAGAGCAGAGAAGCCAAGCUCUGUCCAGCCUAGACCAGAGUUUCCGAGCUCAGCGCUGACCAGCCCGACUGAUGGAGAGAUGGCAGAUAAGCAAAAAGAAGGCGAGAAGGAGAAGGAGGUCAAGCUCCACAAAGCUACUGCACCCUAUCGACCACCGAUUCCUUUUCCGAACAGAUUGAGAAACGAGAAGCAGGACCGUCAGUUUGAAGAAUUCUACAAUAUGUUGGCCAAGGUAAAUGUGAAUUUGCCUCUUCUUGAUGUGAUCCGAAACGUGCCUGCAUAUGUGAAACUCUUCAAGGAAUUGGCAUCCAACAAAAGAAGGUUCGGUGACAAUGAGAAGGUGUUGGUUUCCGAAGUUGCAAACGCAAUCAUGCAACAAUCUUUGCCACCCAAGCAACGCGAUCCAGAGUUAGGUAAUUUAAAAUCUACUCGCAUGUGCCUCCAACUUGCUGAUAGAUCCGUCAGGUAUCCCCUUGGUAUAGUAGAAGAUAUCCUAGUUAGAGUCGGGGGUUUGAUAGUGCCCAUUGAUUUUGUCGUACUUGAGAUUGGGGGAUGUGCACGAGAAUGGUAG